CUGUUUAGCCCAAGCCCAAAAUAAACAUUUACUUUUGACCCGUCAAAUCCCCCCCUGUUCUUGGUCACUGGCACUCCUGAUCAAAUGGCAAUUUCUAUUCGCAGAUCAUCUUAUAUCAGACAUGUUCCCGCUUUAUGUAUGCUGCGUUACGCUAUCCGUAACUUCUGUAGAUUGCCUUCGUUUAAUCAAAUUCAAAACUUUUCGAACAGUUUAGAUGGCACCGCAACAAAUUGCCUAGAGUUUUCUAAAUGGCAAAAUGGAGGUGGAGUUAUCCACAAAUCAGUUCAUAUCGACCCAACGGCGCUCGUCGAAAUUGGUGCAGUAGUUCAUUCUAAAGCUGCUUUGGGUGCUAAUGUUUAUGUUGGAUCAGGAGCCGUUAUAGGACCUGAUGUUACUGUUGGUCAAUCUGCAAAGAUAGGGUCUAGUAUCUUCUUUAUGCGAAUCAAAAGGUAUAAUGUUUCACUUCGUAAUUGUACUAUAGGUGAUUCAUGUGUAAUCCACAAUGGAGUUUCCAUUGGUCAAGAUGGAUUCGGGUUUUUUGUAGACGAGCAGGGAAGCAUGGUGAAGAAGCCUCAAUUACUAAGUGCUAGGAUAGGGAACCACGUAGAGAUUGGGGCAAACACAUGCAUUGACAGAGGAAGUUGGCGAGACACAGUAAUUGGUGAUCAUUCCAAGAUAGACAAUUUAGUUCAAAUUGGUCAUAAUGUAGUUAUUGGGAAGACUUGCAUGCUUUGUGGACAAGUUGGGAUUGCAGGUUCUGUGACAAUAGGAGACUACGUUACUUUAGGGGGAAGGGUUGCAGUUCGUGAUCAUGUCUCUAUUGCUUCAAGGGUCCGGCUGGCAGCUAAUAGUUGCGUCACCAAGGACAUAAGAGAGCCUGGGGACUAUGGUGGAUUCCCUGCUGUUCCGAUUCGUGAAUGGCGAAGACAAGUGGCUUACUGCUGCUGGAUAUCAAAGAAGAAAGCGUUAUAGAGUUGUUAGAAGCUGAAUGCAAUAGACUUGGUGAAUGCAGGUUGCCGAGGAAUUGGCAGACUAGCAGUGUCACCAGUGAGCAUAGCAACCACCGCUGCCAUGGUUGGCCGAACUUCUGUAUCUUCUUGGACACAUAGUAGACCGAUAUGGACACCUCUGAUCACUUCAUUUAUGGAACAGGAUUCUCUUAAAGUUGAAUCCAUUAAUUCUAAAGGUGUUCCAUUUGUCCAAUGCUUCCAAGCCUGUAAAUAUAAUAAGUACAGAAAAGCUGCAUUUAAAGUUUUGAACGAGUGAUAUCCUCUGACCUUGAAGAUGAAGGAAAGUAUUGUUAAUACAGUUUGUCUA